UAUGCUUUUCUUUACAAUAAAACGUGGAUUGUUAGUGUGCAUUGUAGAGUAUUGAUUAUGAUCGUUACUGAUGCAUUGCAUGACAGUUUUAAUACUUAAAAAGAAUGAAAGAACAAAGAAGUAAAAUGAGAGAAGAUGGGUGGAGUAAUGUAGGAUGGGGGCGUUUUCCCUGUUUAUGAAACUCAAGGCUCAGAGACUUGGUCGAGCUUUGGUCUGAAUUUACCUGCCUUUGAUUGCAGCAUUUCGAAGGGACUUUAAGCUGGACAUUUAACCUGGUUUGAUUUUUUACCUUUUCUGUUUGCAAGGAAGAGCUUGAAAAGCGAACACAUGGCAGCUUCCUUGCUCAGAUUUGGGCGAUUGGGAUCUCUAAAGGCCCUGCAGGCAGAGAGCUUGAGUGCAUUACCAAAAGCCCCAGCAGUCGCUCUCAGUUCAAAAUCUGGGGAAGGCAAGAAAUCCAAAAAGUCCAACAAAGAAAAGUCCAAAUCGAAAACAUACUUUGAUAUAGAAAAGCUUGUCCAACACAAAUCCUACCCAGAAGUCACCAAGGAAGUUGUAACACCUGCUGCUGCUGCAGCUGCCACCACUGCUGCUGGAGCUGUUUCUGCCAUAGCUACAGCCAUUCCCAAGCAAGCUGCAGCACCCCAAACUGCUGAAGCCAUUACUGUACCUCCAGCAAGCAAAAUCACUGCAGCUCAACCUGCUAUAGAAACUGCUGCACCAGUUGCAGAGGUCACAGCUGAAGCUACACCUAUUGCUGAAACGACAUCAGAAGUCACCUCCCCCGUUACUGAAGCUGUGUUUGAAACUGUACCUGCAGAAGAAACUUCACCAAGUGCUGAAACAACUGCUCCUGCUGCAUGUAUUACUGAAGCUGCACCCACUGCUGAGGCUGCUGCUGCUGUAGCCAUACCCAUUUCAGAAGUUACCCCAGAAGCAGUUUUCCCUGUUGCCACUGAUGCAGCUCCAGCAGAAAUUGUUGCAGAAGUCACAGCUCAAGCAGCUCCAGCAGAAUUUUCUCCCGAACCUACAGUUGAUGCUGCUACUACAGGGGUUGCUGCAGGAGUUACAUCUGGAGCAACCACUGCUGUAGUUGCUUCCGAAGCAACCCCAGAAAUUAUGGCAGAAACAACCACCACGGCAAUUACCCCAGAGUCUACAGAUGAAGCAGCCCCCACAGACGUUAUCCCAGAAGUUACAGCUGAAGCAGCCACCACCGAAACCGAUCCUGAAGUUAUGACAGAAGUGACCCCAACAGAAGCUGCAGCAGAAGCUCCCCCCACAGACGUUGCAACUGAAGCUCCAUCUUCUCUUGAAGCUGAUGCUUCCCCAGUAACAGAAGUUGUUGAGGCUGUACUAGAAGCUGCUGCCGAAGCAGUAACUGAAGUCAUUGCAGAAACUGUCCCUGUUAAAGCUGUUGCUGAAGUAGUGGAAGCAAUUGCUGAAACUGUAGCUGAAGUUGCUGAUGUUAGUGAAGCUGUCCCGGCAGAAAAGCCCGAUGACAUUGCCACUGUGAUCACAGAUGCAGCAGAACCUCCUGUCGUAGUGGAUGCGCCUGAUGCUGGCUUGGACCCUAUUCAGAAGCUCUUCUUGGAUUCCAUUCGCAGCUAUUCCUCAAUGAGCACGAGAACUAGUGGUCUAGUUGACGCAGGUCCUGAAUACCACAAGGCCCUGGCUGAGGAAAUCGCCAAACUACAAAGACUAUAUGGUGGUGGAGACCUGGAAUCAUUCCCAGAGUUUAAUUUCCCUGAACCAAAGCUGGAUGAAGUGUCCACCAAGUAAACAACCUUUUCACACCAUUACACCACCUUGUGCCUCAGCCUGGGAUGAGGCCUCUGUUGCUCUUUUUUGCCAUAUAUUUUUAUUAGACUGUGAAGCCUUAUCAGCAUUCACAUGAAAACCUGUCUUUGUAUAUGUAUCCAAUUACAGUACAGGUGGCAUUGUUUCUAGGCUUCUGCAUUGUUUCUCAGUUUCUAUGAGUGAAGAAUGAACUUAAUAAAUAUAUAGAUGUGUGUACUGUU